AUGAUCCGCGUCCACGUCUGGUUUCGUGUUUGUUUAUGUUUUGUGUUUGUGUUUCUAUUCGGCGUCGUUAACGGGAAGUCUCUCCGACUGCCAAAUGCAACCGUUCCACUGCACUAUGACCUGCGGCUCCAAACAAACGUCCACUCGGGGGAUCGUAGCUACAGUGGACGCGUCACGAUCACGAUCUACGUAAGGGAACGAACGAACCAAAUCGUACUCCACGCCGAUGCGAGUUACGACUCGAAGAUAGUGCGGUUCUGCGAGAGCCAAUCGUUCGCAACCAUUGCGAUCGAUCACGUUGGGCUGGAAUCGGACUCGCAAUCGCUGAAGAUCGUCACCAAACGGCAGCUCGAGCGAUCGGAGCGCAUUCUGCUGACGAUCGAGUUCAGUGGGACGCUGCGGAACGAUCGGACGGGAUUUUUCAUCGAUCACUACUACCCGAACGGGGACGAGUUCGACGAUGCGGUGUUCUAUGCGAUGACCGAGUUUCAGCCGUGCUACGCAAGGACUGCCUUUCCUUGUUACGACGAACCGGGGCUGAGGGCGACCUUCGACGUGGAGGUUGUGUGCGAUGUGCGUUACAAUGUCCAUUCGAACGGGGAACUGCUGCAGGAGGCGGUGCUUGACGACACCCGGAAGCUCGUGCGCUUCGUGCGAAGUCCUCCUAUGCCGAGCUAUUUGGUUGCUGUGUUGAUUUCAGAUUUUGCUGAGAAUGUUGCCGAUUUCAACGGGGUGCGGGUGGGGAUGUUGACCAAGCCCGGCAAUCAGCGAGAUUUGGCAUUUGCGUUCGACAUCACCGGAAGAGCGCUGGAUGCGCUGCAGGAGUACUGCGGCCAGAAUUACUCUCUCCCAAAGUUGUACCAAGUCGGCAUCGAUGGACACAUGGGUGGAAUGGAGAACUGGGGGUUGAUAUUAUACAACGAGCAGUAUUUGGUGUUGAAUUUUGAAAAGGCCGGUCCCGCAGCUAGGUUCCACGCCUGCGCGCUGAUAACGCACGAGGUGGCUCAUCAAUUCUUCGGCAAUUUGGUUGGAUUUCGGUGGUGGACCCAUUUGUGGCUGAGUGAGGGGUUUGCCACAUUUAUGGAGGAGAAGCUAUCGCGUAAAUUUCUACCCCAGCUAGGAUGGUACGCGGACAUGCACUACGCCAUGGGCACGUGGAAAACUUUGAACCGAGACUCGCAACCGUUGACCUAUCCGAUGUCCCAUUACGUCGAGCAAUCGGAAGAGAUCGAGUAUCUUCUCCAAACAUGCGCAUCACUCAUUGUCUACCAGAAAUCGGCACGAAUUAUUCGGAUGAUGGAAUACUGUCUAGAGGAGGACAUAUUUCAACGUGGAAUCCGACGUUUCAUCGCUGACCAUCAGUUCGACUCCGUCGUCCCUGAAGAUUUGUACAACAGUCUCUCAACGGCGAUGAUAAACUAUCCCGAUAUGCCCGACAAUGCCACUAUCGCAGCUAUAUUCGACAGCUGGACAAAUCAAGCGGGCCACCCGAUUGUAUAUGUGGAAUCAUUCAGCAAUACGAGUGAAUAUCGCUUCAGCCAAAAACCCUACAAAAGCGCUCUCUGCAACGGUUGUCGCUGGUGGAUACCAAUUUUCUACAGUUCGUACGACUUGGACGAUGGUUUGGAUGAGAUGCCAGCGUUUUGGCUUCCAGCUGAUCGAACCUCAGUCGUCGAGUGGAUGGACGGAACCCUUCCGUUGGUGAAUGGCCGAUCGUUCGGUUUUUACCGGGUGAAUUAUUGGCCCGGCGGAUGGAAACGAAUCAUCGCAAACUGGCACCAUAUAGCGGCUACCACUCGAGCUAAACUUCUUGAUGACGCCUUCAGCUUGGUGAGAGAACAAGAGCUGCCCUUCACAACGCUUUUCCCGAUGCUGGCUAAACUUACGAACGAAUCGGACUCGAUGCCGUGGAUGGCAGCGAUGGCCAACCAUAACCUGUGGAACCUAGUCCGCGCGAUGAGUGCUAUCGACGCGGUUGUAGGCAAAAGCAUGCGAUCAUUUGCGAAGCAUCUAACCACAAGAAUGUUCGAAAUUUUCAAAACCAACCAAAGCGAUGCCACCGGCGACCAGCAACCGGCGAGUGAAGAAAUCCUACAGUUGGCCAAUAGAUGGGCCUGUAGACUGGGGAUGGUACGCUGCGGAAUUGAUUCCAAACAGAUGCAAACGUCCCGAAACUGUCGCCGGCUAGUUUCGGCGGGAUAUCUGCGAGGUCUCGGGUGUCAUUUGGGAUCCUUCCGAGGACUAUCGGAAGCCGUUAGUCACGAGAUAUGUUUGAAUGACCGAGUAACGUUUGGACAGUUUCUGCAGAAUGUACUGAACAACUAUCAGUGCCCACAGAUGCUGGAGCUACUAUGGAAUGUCGUCGAAGCGGGUGUGCCAUAUGUGAGCGUCAUCCUUCAGAGUAUUGGCGAACAAUUUUGGACCGUUCAACAUGUCGUAGAAAACCGGAAAAUAGAGCAGUUUCUGAUUAGGAUGUCUUCGUAUGCUAUCCGACCAGCAGAGCAGCUGCUGGUUACGGAACUGAUGGAACGACUGGGCGAAGGCUCCGCUAGCCGUCGGAAAUUAGUGGUGGUGGAGAUGAGUCGAGCAGCUCGGAUUGCAAAAUCUGUACUGGUGGAAUUCGAGCGGAUUGAGAAAAGGUUCGAGCAGUCCGAUCUCUAG